AUGACAUCAAGAAUAACACCCGCGUAUGAUGACUUGGACAAUUAUGCCGUUGAAGAUUUUGAUGACCCGUUUCGAACCCCGCCCCCGGACGCAAAGGAGCUCGGCGUGAACAAGAGGAAACAGGGUGAAGCACUGGGGCUCGAAGAAGAAGUUGAAGUGAAUAAGCGAGCGAGGGUUCCGAGAGUCAAACUUGACGAGGCAAGACUACUCUCGGACAAUGGCAUCCCCAAGCUUCGAAAGCGCGCCGCAGAUCUCCAAUUUAAGGGGAAGGGACACGAGUUCUCUGAUGCAGCCCGCUUGCUAUCCUUCUACCAACUCUGGCUGGACGACUUAUUUCCAAAAGCCAAAUUUCUCGACGCCGUAGCGAUGGUAGAAAAGACGGGGCACAAGAAGCAAAUUGCGCACAAGCGAUUGGAAUGGAUCAAUGAGGGCAAACCCAAACCCUGGGAGGCGGAUGACGCUUUCGAGGUGGAAGCUGAAAUUCAGGGUCCUGUGGCUGCCGAGGCAACAGCGAGUGCACCAGCUUCUAUCACACAAAAGCGCCCGAAGACACCAGAAGCAGCUGUUCCGGACGAGGACGAUAUAUACGGAGCUACGCCCGUAAUGCCACCCAAGAGUCAAGCGUUAGGAGCACCGAAGCCAACUGAAGAACCAGACGGGGACGACGACUUGGAUGCUCUUAUGGCGGAAGCAGAGAUGGCUGACCGGAUGCAAUCACCGGCUCACUUUCCACAUAACCAACCAGCCGGGGAUGACUUUGAAGACGAAGAGGCAGCCAUGGCUGAGAUGGGCGGCUUGUGGUGA